AUGAGCAACCUCCGCCCCCCUCCCCAGCAAGACCCCAAUGACGACUUCGCCGUGUGGCACGACGACUCCUACCAGGAUCCUCGCACCACGCCCGCGUCGAUUCUCGUGCUUGUCGUGCUCGCUUUCAUCGCCCUGCACCGCGUCCUGGGCCAUUACGACAUCCCCCUCCGCGCCAUCCCCGAGCUAGUCUGGAACUGCUUCGUCUACGCCAUGCCCGCAUCCCUCGUCUUCGCCAUGGGCAAACCCUCGCUCGACCUCACCGCCGACCCUGCCAGCACCUCCCCAGAGGACAAGGAGAGGAAGAAUGCAAAUCUCUUUGCCGCCAAGAACGAAGUGCUGCGACGCACCUUCGGCUUGGAUGGCAACGGUUUGCUGAGAGCCAUUUCAGGUGAUCGCACCUUGCGCGUUGCUGGAGCACUGGCUGGCGGCAUGAGGGAUGCCGCGCCGGCUGGCCUGGGCAACUGGGAUAACUCGUGCUAUCAGAACAGCGUCAUCCAAGGCCUCGCCUCCUUGCCCAGCCUCGGUGGUUUCCUGACUCAAGCCCUCGACAUGUUCCACGACCUCACCGCCGAUUCUACAAACAGUGCUCUUCUCGACACCGUUCUAAAGCUCAAUAACCCCGACAACCAUGGCCGUCACCUUUGGACUCCUGCGAAACUGAAGAGUAUGAGCAGUUGGCAACAGCAGGAUGCACAAGAGUACUUUUCGAAAGUCUUGGAUGAGAUCGACAAGGAAAUUUUGAAGGCCGUGAAGCAACACCGAAAGACCGCCGGUCUUGAGGAAGUUCCUUCUGCUGAAGAGGAGCGCAAGGCCGAGCCGACAAAAUACCCGGAGUCACUACGGAACCCUCUUGAAGGUCUUCUGGCCCAGAGAGUUGGUUGUAUGAAUUGCGGAUUCACUGAGGGUCUCUCCAUGAUCCCUUUCAACUGCCUCACUGUUCCUUUACAGACUUCUUGGGGUUACGGCUGCGACAUUCGCGACUGCUUGAACGAGUACACGAAAUUGGAACCCAUCGAAGGCGUCGAGUGUGCAAAAUGCACCCUCCUGAAAGCGCAGGACUCGCUAGAGCGAGUUCUUCAGGACCGAGACGAGGCGGAGCCGAGUGACGCUACCCAGGCCAUGGCUGCACGACUGAAGAUUAUCCAGGAAACUCUGGAUGAUGACGAACUCGCGGACAGUACUAUCAUCAAGAAAUGCUCUAUCCCUCGCAAGAACUGGGUGUCCAGUACAAAGUCCAGGCAAGCUGUUAUCGGCCGUCCUCCGAAGUCGCUUGUGAUUCACGUAAACAGGAGCGUGUUCGACGAGCUCACUGGUGCUCAGAGGAAGAACUACGCCAAUGUGUCGUUCCCGGAGCACUUGGACCUUGGCCCUUGGUCUCUUGGCUCGUCCAAGUACGAUAGCAAGGACUUCGCAGUUGCCCCUGAAUUUUGGUCUACGAACCCAGCGGAAUCGAUGAUCAGCCCGCAGAAGACUCUCGGAAUUCAAGCUCUGCCCUACGAGCUGCGUGCUGUUGUUACCCAUUACGGAAGGCACGAGAACGGUCAUUACAUUUGCUAUCGGAAGCAUCCUUUUACUGCUCACAAGGCCGAAGGUGAAAAUGCGGAGGAUGUGGAAGGCGAGGAAGCUAAGGAGGAUCCGGAAGUCUGGUGGAGGCUCAGCGAUGAGGAUGUUUCCAGGGUGUCAAAAGACGAUGUCCUGGGUCAAGGCGGCGUUUUCAUGCUGUUUUAUGAGGCCAAGGAACUUCCACCUCCGCCUAGUCCCAUUCCGAGCCCACUGAUGAGACGUAGCUCUACUGCAACGAUUCGUGCGACGGCUCAGACGCAGACGACUGUAGAGACUUAUGAACCUGUUCAGGAGCAAGAGGAUGAGGGGUCCGUUGAGGAAAUGGAACUUGAAGACGAGAGAUCGGCCCCUAGAGAGUUCUUCCCAAUGAGCGAUAUCCGGGAAGAUGAGGAUGCGGUACCACCCCGGACUUCAUACCACCGCCCCACUGAAUCCAUGGAAACAACACCGCCAAAGUCGGACAGCGAGAGCGACUACGAACCAAUUUCCCCUAUGUCCUACAACUCAGAGCUCGAAGACACCGUUGUACUCCCGCACAAGAAGCACAACCGAGACCGGAAUUCUACAAUCUCUAAUGCUUCGUCGGCAAGCUUCAACUAUCCGCCGACGCCUCUUUCUCCUCUUUCCCUCUCGCCUACAGCGUCUGAGUACCCCACUCCUUUCGCUGAGCAACGUCCUACCUUCCCCAAUCCUAUCUUCACCCGCCAAGACAUGGAUAGCGAAUCUGAGUGGCAACCCCUCGCCUCCCCCGCACUUUUCUCUCCCCAUAGCCUUGCGACGCCGACUUCUCAAAGUCCGAACCUCGAUCCCAUUACACGCGCUGCGAUCGAAGCUUCAGUCCAAGAGGAGGAGCAUGAGCCGCGCUGGACGACGAGCCGUAGCGACUACGCUCCUUCGACCGUUGGUGGCACGGAUAGCGAGUACGCACCCAGCGCCGGCGGCUAUCCUAGUGACGUAGAGGGUUCGACAUACGGCUCGGAGGCUGGUGACGGUCCUCUCAGCGAGAAGGAACCGUCAGUGUCGGGAUCACCCGUGCGAACGAAAAAGGAAGCCCACCCUCAUCGUCAGAGCUUGACCAUGAGAACAGCACAAGCUCAGAAAGGAGAGGGUGAGAGUGAUGAGACAGCAGGUCUGGAACAAAGCAAGCAGGGCCUAAGGAUGGUGGCUGCUUCAUGA